CCCCCUCAUGCUGCUGCUGGAGCAGUGUUGAAGUCUGUGUGUUUCGGCACCAGGCUGCCGGACGGACACGAUCGCGGUUGUUUUUGUUGUUAUUUUCACGUGUGAAAAUGGCGUCCGACGGCAUGGAUGAGCGAUCGCCGCUACUGUCGGCGCAGAACUCUGGCAAUGUGACGCCCACGGCGCCGCCGUACCUCCAGGAGCCCAGUCCGAGAGCUGAGCUUCCUCCCCCAUACACAGCCAUUGCCAGUCCCGAUACAGGAGGAGUGCCUGUCAUUAACUGCAGAGUGUGUCAGUCUCUCAUAAACCUGGAUGGGAAGCUCCAUCAGCACGUCGUGAAGUGCACGGUCUGCAAUGAGGCCACGCCAAUCAAAAACCCACCAGCUGGGAAAAAGUAUGUCCGAUGUCCCUGCAACUGCCUGCUAAUUUGUAAAGACACAUCCCGGAGGAUAGGAUGCCCUCGGCCCAACUGCAGACGCAUUAUCAACCUGAGCCCAGUGAUGGUGAUCCCAGAGGAGCAACCUGCACAGCCAGCACUUCCUAUUCAGCCUGAAGGCCUGCGUGUGGUGUGCGGCCACUGCGGCAACACGUUCCUCUGGAUGGAGCUCCGAUUUAAUACUCUGGCCAAGUGUCCACAUUGCAAAAAAAUCUCUUCUGUUGGCAGUGCUCUACCCAGAAGACGCUGCUGCGCCUACAUCACAGUAGGAAUGAUCUGCAUUUUCAUUGGAAUUGGACUAACUGUUGGAACCCAAGAAUUUGCUCGCAGGUACCAUGCUACCUACGUGUCAUGGGCCUUUGCGUAUCUGCUCGGUCUUAUCUGCCUGGUGCGGGCCUGCUACUGGGGAGCAAUUAGAGUCAGCUAUCCAGAGAACACUUUUGCGUAGAUGAAUUGUCUGUGAGCGUUCAUUUAACCCUUUUAGGAUUUAAUUUUAUCUUGAUUUUAACAGGUGUACAUUUGACUGGUCAUUCUAUGUAGGCAAGCUAUAAUUGAGGCAGGAUUUUUACACAUUGUAUUCUGAUUAAUUGGGUGUUAACUAUUUAUAUAUAUAUACACAGAUCGGAAAUUGAAAAUGAUGAACAUUGGCUAAAUACAUAUUGAUUCAAUGGAAUACUUAAAUUGAAGGUACGUAUGCCUCGUAUUGUUGUAACUCCUACUGGAUAGACUGUGUGUGCUGCGUUUUGUUACCAACUUGACCAAAAUGAACAAUUUGUCCAUUGCACUACAGUUUUAUGCAAAUAUACUGUUUCUUUGCUGCUAGUUGUCAGCUGUAAAAAGCUGCAGGUUGUUAAGUAUUAAAAGCUGCCCACUCUAAACAAAGGUACUGUGCUCCGUUUAUAUAAUCGUACAUCUUACACGUGCCAACAUUUGUGUUCAUAUCUCUUGUGGAAGAAAAAUUCUCGUAUUCAAACAGUUCGAGCCGCUCAGACACGCUCCGAGAGAAUAUCACAGCUUUUCAGAGUAAUUACAGACGGCAUGCUUACAAACUUCAGAGCUCAUAAUUCGACUCCAGUGAGAAUUAAAUGUUUCGCAUGAUGUUAAUUUUGAUUGAUUUGUACCACAGAUCAGUGUUUCUCUGUCGACGAAAGGUCACCGUGGAAGUGUUCAGCCUUCCUCUCUAUACAUAGAACAGAAACACCUCCGCUUUAUUGUUCAUGCUAAAAUCACUGUAGUUCCCUAUCUUUGGCAGGGUGACUGGGCACAACUGUAGUUACUAAUCCUGUUCUGAAUGUGAAAAGCAAGUUGUUGUUUUUUUUUGUAUAUAGUUUAUCCAUCACACCAAAACUAACUUAAGUUGGAGUAUGGUUUGGGUCUUUUUAAAAAUGGUAAUUUAUCAAUAAAAUAAAAAAAAUAAAAAAACUA